UUUCCUUCAUGCUAAAUGGUCGAAUCACGAUGCCAGAAUUCAGCCUGAAGCCUGGGCGGAUCUCAAGCUAACAGCCUUGGCAAAUCUCUUCCCCAUGUUCCUUAUUAUGAUCCAGGGCCUAUGGUAAGCAUACGAGAAUUUCAAUAACAUUGGGGGAUUCGCACUUUGGAGAUGAAUUCGGUAUCCCACUUGUUCUUCACGCGUUUGGGGGUACCUGAGCGUCGUGCGAACGGAUGGCGUGGGAAAAUAUGGAGAAAGGCUCCCAGAUACCAGCGACGGCCUCACGCUGGGCAUUCAUACGGACUAAGAAGGCGAUAGCAGCAUUUACCGUAUUGGGAUGUGGUCUAAUUGCGGCGAUUGUGGUAAUUACUCUCACAGCUACGGGCAAGCUUCAUGGAAGUGGUUCCUCAAUUGAUUCUACGUCCGGCGAACAUGUGGCUAGCAUGAUAUCCUCUACGCCAACUGUUUCGGUAGCAACUGCUACACCGACAACAGGAAUUGAUGACCUUAUUUCCACAGCCUCCACAAUGCCUACGGCGGAAUCUUCAUCUACAUCAAAACCCACGUCUGUGUCCACAUCGACAUCAACAUCAACUUCGACGUCUUCGGAGUCAGCCACAGAAUCCGCCACCCCAUCCGUCGUAGCGGCCGCUUCGAAGCCGAGCGAUGUUCCACUCAGGAUUAUGGCACUCGGUGCCUCUAUCAUCAAAGGUGAAACCUCUCCCGGUUACUUGGGCUUCCGCAAGCCAAUGCGCGACGAGCUCGUCAAAACAGGGUAUACUGUCAAUAUGGUCGGGUCAGUUCGUUUGGGCGAUUUUACCGACAAUGAUGUUGAGGCGUACGGUGGCAAGAAGAUUUUAGAGAUGCACAAUUACGCCAAGAAAGCCGUGCCUAAGUACCUACCAAACGUAUUCGUUAUCAAUCUGGGGACCAACAAUCUCCUGCAGAACAAGGACGUCGAUAAAGUUGGGAAACAGAUGGAGGAUCUGAUCAACUACCUAUUGACGGCCUCGAGCAAAUCGACGGUUAUCCUUAGCACGAUGUUAACAAACAAGGUGGCCAAUAUGGAGCCAAAGGUCUUAGACAUGAAUCGGCAGUAUCGGGAUAUAAUGAAAGGUUUUGAGGCAGCUAAGAAAUCAGUUGUCUUGGCCGAGAUGCAUCCUAGUGAGGGUAUCGCUGGGGUUCCGACGGCUGAUGAGAUUGGACCUGAUGGUUCACAUCCCACGGUCAGCGGUUAUGAGAAGAUGGGCCGUAUCUUUGUUCAAGCUAUCCAGCAGGCCGAUAAGAAGGGGCUUCUCCAUAAGGCCUCCGAUAACGGCAUUCCUGCAGAUGGAGAUAAAGAAAGAAGCGGGUGAAACGGAUAUCACAGAACUGAUGAUUAUUUAACAGCAUUAAUGGGUUCGUCAACUGCGAUAGUCGUUGGUAGUUGGCUAUGCUGCCGCUGUAGUAGCGAUGUUGAAAUAUGAAUACAACUAAGUACGUAGGACUCGGUAUAAGGUGGACUCUUCUUCGCCUAAAUAUUGCUAUCACGAUAUGCAUCUUGGGUGAAGAUGACAAGGCUCCCAUAUUUAUCUGUCUAGAUACAUCGGUGUUGGAGGCAUGAUCUAGAGAAUGAAGGUGGUGUGGCCAC